AGGGAGGACAAUUUCCAGCAGCGUUCCGGAUGUUUGACAAAUGGAUAGGCACGUUGACUUUGUUGAAACUUUGUAGCAAAUGCAAUGAAGGAACCUGCAAGAGUGAUGCUGAAGCUAUUAAAUGAAUGAACUCAUAACCAUAAUUACUUAAUCAGCAUAGCCAUCAUUGAGGAAUGCCUGUAAGCUCGGAUCAUGCUGCACUGUUAGGGACUCUGUCGCCGCAAUCGGCCGCCGAGAAAGCCGUGCAGUCAAUUGGACUUGGAUAUGACGUGUGCAGGGACAUCCGUUUUAGUGCUUGCAAGGACAGGCUCCUCCAACUUGACCACAACCACACCAGGGACCUGCUGUUCCCUGCCGGCGUUAUCGUUCCCGACGUUCCCACCUCCGUCAAGUGCCACCAAGGCGACCGAUUCAGAGCUUCCUCUGGCUUCCUCUCCUUCCAACAGAUGUCUGAGUUUUUUAAUGAAAAACUCUCUUUAUCUGGGAAGAUCCCAUCAGGCCUAUUCAAUGCUAUGUUUGACAUGAGAAACAGCUGGAAGAAAGAUGCAGCUUCCACCAAAAGCCUAGCCUUUGAUGGCUGCUUCAUAACUUUGUAUAACGUUGAGUUGGAUACAAAUAAUAGAACCCACUUAACUCUUUCUCAAGAUGUUAAACGAGCAGUGCCUACUUCAUGGAACCCUGCUGCCCUUGCUGAGUUCAUUCAGAAAUAUGGUACUCAUAUAGUGGUUGGCAUAAAAAUGGGAGGAAUGGAUGUGGUUCACAUCAAGCAGUUAAAAACUUCAGAUGCCGGCCCCAAUGAGAUGGAGACAUUGCUUCAGCAACUAGCUAAUGAGAGGUUCUCGGAAGAUUUAAAUAGAAGUUCUAAUGGAAAAACUGUUAAAAUAUCAGGAAAACUACAGGAUGAUCAGUAUAUGCCCUGGGAACAGCAUUUAGCUCUCGCUGCUUCUGUUCGACCAAAUGUAACAAGCCACUCCAACAAUGAGGAUGUCAUAAGCAUUUCAGUUAGAAGGGGAGGUAUUGUUGGCAUUGGGCAACACCAUAAUCAGUGGAUAUCGACAAUAUCUGAGUCACCUAAUGUCAUAUCAAUGUCAUUAGUGCCUAUUACAUCAUUAUUGCCUUCUGAUCGAGGCUAUGGAUUUCUAAGGCAUGCGGUGAAUUUAUAUAUUACAUAUAAACCGCCUACAGAGGAACUUCAUCAAUUUCUACAAUUUCAGCUGCCUCGGGAAUGGGCUCUUGGAGUUGGUCCCAGGCGUAGAAAAGGCAAAUCUCCAGCACUCCAAUUCUCAUUCAUGGGGUCAAAGCUUUAUGUUAAUACUGCAAAGGUUAACAGUGGACGUAGGCCCGUAACAGGUAUUCGCUUGUUUUUGGAAGGCAGAAAGAGUGACCACCUGGGAAUCCAUCUGCAACAUCUUGCCAAUCUUCCCAGCAUUAUUCAAAUCUUGGGCAACCAUGACCUUGAGUAUGCAGAUGAUUCACUUGACAAAGCCUACUUUGAACCAGUUAGGUCCAAAAUGUUUUCACAUGUGUGCACUGCCCCAGUAGAAUGCCUUGAUUCUCAUACUGGAGGUUAUGCAUGCAUAGUGACAAAGGCCUGGUUUGAGGUUAGGCUUAUUAAAAGAAAGAAAGUUCUUUUUUUGAGGUUUGAAUAUUCAAUUUUAUCGUCGUCCAUAAUUCGCAGAUCGGAAUGGAGUGGUACUUCAUCCAUAGUAAGAAAAUCUGGGUUCUUUUCAACGUUGUUGAGCACAAGGCUUAGUAAGGGGUUGCAUCAGAUUGAGACUGAUCCAAAGCCGCUAAAAGAUGAUGCAUCUAACGCAGUAGGUUAUCAUGGUGAGUCUAAUACCGACCAACCUGUGCCGACAAAGCCUCCUAAGAUGUUGAGGUUUGUGGACACCAAGGAAGUUGUCAGGGGUCCAGAAGACAUGCCUGGACAUUGGAUGGUCACUGGAGCCAGGCUCUGUGUACAAGAUGGCAAAAUCUCCAUCAAGGUCAAGCAUUCCUUGUUGGAUUAUCCGGAUAUGGACAAUUAAGUAAUUGCACACACACACACACACAAUGUAUAUGGAACUUCAUAAACUUCAUGUGAAUUAUAUUCAUUGGGAUUUGGGCUUGAUGCUGAGGAAAA